GGAGGGGCCACGUCCGUGCCGGUCACGUGACUCUCUCGCUGUUCCAUGUUAUGUGUUUUUUUUUUUAAAUUUGUGUUUUGUUUUGUCCUGCUGCUCCCUCUCAUCUGUAUCAGGGCUCGUCAGACGCUAUGGACUUUAACGUGAAGAGGCUGGCCACCGAGGCUGGACUCUUCCUCACCCGCGCCGUUCAGUUCACUGAGGAGAAGCUGUGGCAGUCGGAGAAGACCAACCUGGACCAGGACUUUGAGAACCUAACGGUCCGGGCGGACUGCACCAAACACUGGACAGAGAAGAUCCUCAGGCAGACUGAGAUCUUGCUGCAGCCCAACCCAAUCGAUCACACAGGCGCCAGAAUCGAGGAGUUUCUCUACGAGAAGCUGGACAUGAAGGCCCCCUCCAGGGUCACCAAUUCGGAGCUACUGGGCCAGCACAUGGAGGACGCGGCAAAGGAGCUUGGACUUGAAAGUCCUUACGGCAGCACUUUGGUUAAGGUGGGUGAAUGUGAGAGGAGGUUGGGAGCAGUGGAGAAGGACUUCAUCCAGACAGCAGACAUCAGUUUUCUGAGCCCCCUGAGGAACUUCCUGGAAGGAGACUGUCGCAUCAUUUCUAAAGAGCGCCGCCUGCUGGAGAACCUGCGCCUGGACCUGGAUGCCUGUAAAACCCGAGUGAAGAAGGCGAAGGCGGCCGAGGCGAAGGUAGCGAGCGAGGCAGAAGUGGUUCCAGAUUUUCAGGAGACCAGACCUCGGAACUACGUGCUCUCUGCAAGCGCCUCUGCGCUGUGGACUGAAGAAGUGGAAAAAGCUGAGCAGGGGCUGAAGACGGCCCAGAAAGAGUUUGAUCGGCAAGCUGAAGUCACACGUUUGCUGCUGGAGGGCAUCAGCUGUACUCACGUGAAUCACCUGCGGUGCCUGCAUGAGUUUGUGGAGGCUCAGGCAGCCUAUUACAGACAGUGCCAUCUCCACAUGCAAGACCUGCAGGAGGAACUGAGAAGGCUUCCUGGCGGUUUUGCACAGAAUUCCAGUCAAAACGCCCCCCCUCCUUCCCUUCCGGAGCCGGAAAGUGUCAGCAGCCCGGUGGAGACGCUGACCAUUGAAGAAGUUCAGGCUCCAGCCUCAGGGACCCGAAAGGCCAAAGUCCUGUACGACUACGAUGCAGCAGACUGCAGCGAGCUGUCGCUGCUGGCAGAUGAGAUCAUCACAGUUUACACGAUGCCGGGGAUGGAGUCUGAUUGGCUGGUCGGGGAGAGAGGAAACCAGAGAGGGAGGGUGCCGGUCACCUACCUGGAGCUGCUCAGGCCAUUCUGCCAUGAGUCACUUCCCCAUCAUGAGGAAGGAGAGGAAGCCAGAGCUGUGCCCACUGGAUGAUGAGUGAAAGCUGUGGGAACGCCAGGCUGCAUGAAACAAAGCUCCUAAUGAGAACUCAAACAUGCUUUUUCUAUGAACUCUUCCCAUUUUUUAAGUUGAACAAUUGAAAUGUGUGCAUCUUUUUCGGGUAAAAGUGUAUGUGUGCCAAGAAAUAUGAAUUAACUAAAAAAAAACCCUGUGGUGACAUCAGUAGCUGUGUUUCCAUGAAGUUGCACAAAUUGGAUUUGGGGUACUAAAUUCGCUUGAUUGAAACACACACAAAAAAAUGAAACUGGCUGCCUUGGGCAUUGAAAUAACGGGCUCCGCAGGAAGCUCAUGCAAAAGUGUUGCAUCCACAGCUCUUCUGCAAAACCACCAACCACCAUUUCCCAAAAUGCUUCAUCCGUACCCGCUCCCCCCUUUAAAGAGGUCGCUGCUUCAUGGUCCAAAUAAGACGCAGACGUCUCCUUUGAUAGAAUAUGAUGAGCACUAGUGCUGUGGCCUAAAUUUGUAUGCAUCUGCUGUAAAUUAAAGUAUUGUUCACAUCCUC